GGCGUUGUAUUUCAUGAACAUUUACCAAUCGGCGAACAGAUUGGUAUGGCUAUUGUUUUUAUAUUCGUGUGGAAUUUGAUCGCUAGAACUGUAAUUGGUUCCAUAUCAAUAAAGGUUGAGUCUGCAUUGAUUGAAUAUGGAAAAUCAGGUGUAAAUAUCAGCUGUAUCGUUAAUGGUACCAAUAUCAUUGGUAUUUCAAGCAUUCAGCUGAAGAGGUCCGAAAGCAACGUUGUAUCAGUAACGAAAGUCGCAUCAUCAUUCUGGCAAGAUAAAGAGUUAGAAAAGAAAACCGGGGUAACAGUCAAUGCGUCAAUUAGCAAUGUCAUGUCAUCGUAUCUGCAUUUGGAGAUUCCGAGUUCAGCGGUCAGAUACCCAGAGGAAAUGGGAUCAUAUCAAUGUAUUCUCAGCGUCGUAAAUUCAAAUGGUGGAGUAGAUCGAUGCGAUUCCCAGUCCAUAAUGCUGAACAUAACAAGGUUACCGGAUAGGACAACCAAACUAUUCUCAACAAACCAUUACAGUACUAAAGUAUCAAUUCAAAAAGGCUAUCUAGAAUUCAGCACAGAAUCACAAAAGAAUAACUUAUCACUUCAAAAUGAAAGUGAAUCAUUUCUAAUUCUUUACAGAAAAAUAAUGAUUCCUGUAGCAACAUUUAUUUCAUGCAUUUUUGCUUUACUAAUUGUUCGUGAGCUUUGUUUACAUUAUGUUGUAACAAAGGCUACAGCGACAAAUGAACGAACAGAGAAAAAGUAUACCAAUGGAGUUUACAUUGUUUGAAGAAAUGACAAAAACAACUGGACAAUUUCUUAAUUAGUCUUCGAUUAAUAUAAAAAUGCUUAACAUUAUAGAUUACCUACAAGCUGUA